AUGUCGGAAGCGGUUGAGAUCGACAAGGCCGCCUUUACUAGGCGAGCAUCCCAGCUGCUAAACAGAUUCAAAGUGAGUCAGAUGGACGAAAGGAAAGAGAUGGUGUGCAUUGCUUGGACCCGUGCGCUCACAAUCACCCCUCUUCUGCACUCUGCAACGCGAAGGGAGGAGCGUCGCAGGAUGAAUCCUUCAAAGAUGUAGGCUCGGUGGCUAUCGUCAUGGGCGCUGCUGAUGAGCAAGUGGCAUACAGCAAGACGACGGCGCUGGUGGUGAGCAGAUCGGUAGCAGUGAAAGCGAUUGUGCGGCACAUCACAUCACUCGCUCAUCUCGGCGCUUCGCCGCUAUCUUCACGUCUUGCUCCUUUCCAAAGACUUGGCUGCUCGGCUACGAAUUUCCUCAGACAAUGGUGGCCUUCGAUCAGAAGGGCAUCAUAUUCGCCACCUCCGCGAGCAAGAGUGGGUCACACGCCACAGACAUUGACUCCCUUCCAAAGAGGCGUAUGCUCAUGACCUACGCUCCCUUUGCACAGCCAAGUACUUGGAGAACUUGGGCUCCUCAUCCGUCAACGUGACGGUAUUCAAGAGGACAAAAGAUGAUUCGCAGAAUGCCAAGAUCUGGGAAGACAUCAUGGCUCGUCUCAAGGGCAACGGGGUGAGUGCGCAAGACGCUCGCAGAACAGCGCUUUUCUGGCUCGCGCUGACCGGAUCAGUGCUUGUGCCAUGUGACCAGAAAUCCAUCGGCACCCUCAUCAAGGACAAGCCUCAGGGAAAGGUGGCAGAGGAGUGGAACAGGGUUGUGGAGAGGGAGACUGCGGCGCAGGACGUGGAGCUGCUGGAUGUUGCUGUUCCACUAGCGUCUGCUUUUGUGCAGAAGGAUGAGGAAGAGCUGGUGAGUGGUGCGAGUCAAUCCUUGCAUGCUGCUCUCCCACGCUGAAUUGCCUGCGGCGCACCGUUUGAAGAGGACAAUCCGCACAGCUGCCAAGCUGAGCAGUGGCGUCAUGUCAAAGUACUUUGUCGAGGAGAUGAGCGGCAUUCUGGACGAGGAGAAAAGAGUGACUCAUUCCAGGCUGGCCGAUAAGGUGGAGGCUCAGUUGGAGAGCGACAAUGCGGCAUUCUGGAAAAAGAUUCGUGGAUUGGACGGGGUGGAUAUGGAAUUGGCAGACUGGUGCUACACGCCCAUCGUGCAGUCUGGCGGAGAGUAUGAUCUGCGAACUGCUGCAGAAUCUACCGAUAAACCCCUUCAAGGCGCGAACGGAGGAGGCGUCAUCCUAGCCAGCUUGGGCAUGAAGUACAAGAGCUACUGCGCAAAUGUUGGGAGGAGUUGGUUGGUGGAUCCCCACAAGUCUCAGUUGAAGCAUUGGACCCACUUGUUGGAGCUGCAGACGGAGCUGGUGGAGAAGCACUUGAAGGCGGGUGCAACCUGCAAAGACGUCUAUGACGCUGCUGUCAAGUUCAUCAGCAGCAAAAACGCAAACCUGGCUGGUCACUUUGUAAAGAGCAUUGGUUUUGCCAUUGGUAUCGAAUUCAGGGACCCUGUGUACAAUCUCAAUGCCAAGAACACGAGGCAGAUUCCUAAAGAUUCGACUUUCAACGUCUCUCUUGGUCUGGACAAGCUGGACGAUCCCAAUCACGACGGCCAGACCUACUCUUUGCUGCUCAUUGAUACCAUUCGCAUCAACUCGGGCGAUGCUCCGGCUACUAUUUUGACAGACAGGCUUCGAUCAGCAGCCGAUUGCGUCUUCUACCAGGAUGAAGAGGACGAGGAAGAGGAAAAGAGCAAAAGCAAGUCGGGCAAUUCUAAUGGGUCGUCCCCCAAGAAACAGCCUCAAAACGUGACGGCUGGAGGCAAAGUUUUGAGAAGCAAAGGAAGAACCAAUGAGCUGGAUGCUAGCACUGCUAACAAGAUCAAGGAGCACCAGAGAGAAUUGGCGGAACAGCUUCAGGAAGAUGGCCUGGCCAAGUAUUCGGAGGAUGCGGGCGGCGCCGACGGGGACACUGGAAAGACUUUCAAAAAGUUCGAAUCCUACAAGCGCGAUUGGAACUUUCCAGCAAAGACGAAAGAUCUCAGGGUGAGUUUGAUAUGUUUGGCGUACUGCUUCUUUUGCAACGCAAUCGACGAUUUUGAUUCCUGACGUGCUUGCAUGCGGUCGAUAGAUUUUUGUGGAUCAGCGAGCGCAGACGGUCUUUCUGCCCAUCUACGGCUACGCGGUGCCCUAUCACAUCAAUACGAUCAAGAACGUGUCCAAAUCCGAAGAGGGAGACUACACGUAUCUCCGCUUCAAUUUUGUCACACCCGGACAAAUUGUGGGCAAAAAGGAAGAUGUGCCAUUCGAAGAUCCGGACGCUACCUUUAUCAGGAGCAUGUCGUUCAGGUCGGACAACGCCCAUCACUUUACCGAGCUCUUCCACGAGAUAUCAGACUUGAGAAAAGCUCAGACCAAGAAGGAGACGGAGAAGAAGGAAAUGGCAGAUGUGGUGGAGCAAGACAAGCUGAUUUUGAGCAGUAAGUGUUGAGCUGCGUAGCCCUCGAAUCCUUGCGCCCCCCAACGAAUGCUAAGUCGAUUUUCGUUUUUGAAACAUGCAGAGACCCGAACAGCCGCCUUGCGCGACGUCUUCCCUCGACCCGCUCUUGAGGGCAAGCGUCUGCCUGGAGAUGUCGAGAUUCACCAAAAUGGCUUGCGCUUCACGGCGAGGAACAAUUUGCAAAUUGGUGAGUGGUGGAUGCUGAUUUGCCAGCGAGCAUGAAAUGAUCUCGGCCACUGACGGGACAUUCUUCUUGCCCGCCACAGAUGUUCUGUUCAACAACAUGAAGCACCUCUUCUUUCAGCCUUGCGAAAAGGAACUCAUCGUCCUGGUGCAUAUUCAUCUGAAAGCUCCAAUCAUUGUGGGCAAGAAGAAGACCAAGGUGAGUCUGGUACGUUCGAGGGCCUCUCUACACGACUCGUCUUGCUGAUCGCCUCGCCUCUGUUCAUCGCCCAGGAUGUGCAAUUUUACCGCGAAGCAUCAGACGUCAAUUUCGACGAGACCGGCACGCGAAAGCGAAAGGGCAGAGGUGGUGACGAAGAUGAGAUCGAGUUGGAACAAGAAGAGAGGAGAAGAAGGCAUCAUCUCAACAAAGAGUUCAAGUCUUUCGCUCAGAAGAUUGCGGAUGCCAGCGAAGGUAGACUCAGCAUUGACACGCCCUUCAGAGAACUUGGCUUCAAUGGUGUGGGCCACCGAAGCAACGUGUUGCUCCAACCCACAACGGAUUGUCUGAUUCACCUGACCGACCCACCAUUCACCGUCAUCACCGUAAGUAGAGGAAUGCGACGUCGCCGCUGUCCUCAUUGCAGCGUUGCUAACACGCACUUGCACAAACCCAUUUCCGCAGCUCUCGGAAGUGGAAAUCGUGCACUUGGAAAGAGUGACACUGAGCGGAUCCACGUCAUCUUCAUUCGACAUGGCGUUCGUCUUCAAAGACUUUACUCAAGCGCCUAUGAUCAUUCGCAGCGUGCCCAUGGCAAGUCUAGAUUCGGUCAAGGAAUGGCUAGACUCUGUCGAUCUGGUCGUCACCGAAGGCAUGGUCAAUUUGAAUUGGGGACAAAUCAUGAAGACUGUGCGGGAAUCGCCGUACGAUUUCUUUGUAGAUGGAGGUUGGUCCUUCUUGCAAGAUGGAGAUGAUGGCUCGGAUGGGAGCGAAUCUCAAAGCGGCUCGGACUUUUCAAAAGAGGUUUCGGAUGCGGAGAUUUACCAAUCUAGCUCCGACGACGAUGAUGGUAGCGAAUUUGGAGACUCGGAAGAAGACUCUGGAUCGGGAAGCGAACCUGCGACAGAGAGCGAUAGCGACGAGGACGACUAG